AUGCAGCUAGAUGAAAGCCAAAAUGGGUACGAGACGAAAAGACAUGAAGACGAAGUAAACGUGAGAAGCAGAAAAGAAGAUGAGAAAUCUCGGCCACCUGGGCAUGUUUCUGGCGCACAGCCCUGGAAUGAGAGGGGUGAGGCUGGCAUCAACGUUUGUUGGUUGUUCUGGGCGGGAAUCUGGGAACCAAAGCUUCGUGCUGAAGAGGAUGUCGGAUUCGUUAUUCGACUUGUCCUUGGGUCUAAAACGAGAGUUUCCAGACACUCGUCGCCUUCGGACACAUCGACGAGAACGUUGAGGAAAAGACGAACAGGGCUAACCCCUGCCUGAGAGGGUGGUAUUGGGCGACCUAGACUGCUCACUGAAGAUGAAAGGCGACAAGCUUCUACGGCUCCCGGAAGGCAUCAAGCUUGGGAACGUAGUUAAUGUGGCGUAGUCCCGAAGCUCAAACUGGGCAGGGAAUUGGGAAGCCAUCUGACGUGUUUUCUUACGGCCUCGUGGGCAAGGUGAUGAUGGUACUCUCAGAGGCAACGCAGGAUGGCGGUCCUGUUGGUCCCGGACGGUUCACGGAAUGGCAGGAGAAGGAUUAUCCAAACCUUGACGGCGAGACGAAACGCAUCCUGCUGCCCAACUAACGCUUCCAAGCCCUUACCAUCACCACUCAGUCGUUCUAUAUGUACGAUAUGUACGGAGUAUCAUCAGCACAGCGGAGACGAGACAAGAAUGCAAGUGAGACUACGGCCAUCGACGUCUGGCCUCCCACGAAAUGUCACUAGCGGUAAUACAGCCCGUAAGGCCAUCGAAGAUCGAAACGAGCGCAGAAGAAGCAACGGGCCUGCUGCUACUGUCACGGGACCCGCUAGUUAUAACACCGAAAAGGAGGCUCGGCCCUAUAUACGACGUAUUAUGUGGAGAGACAAGGUACCUGUCGGCCCCCUACAAAUCGCGCGACAUGCGAGGUACCGCUGGCCAUCGCACCCGCUGGGCCUUUCCUCCCUCUGGCCCGAGAGAGGGACAGAGAGGGAUGACGAUGCUCCACCAGCACAGCAGGUUAGCCGGAUGUUUUCGCUUCCCGCCGGCAGUUUUGGCUCUUUGUACCCAUGCGGACGAAGGCAAAGCCCGUAUUUAACACACCCACGGAUUUCGAUUAAGGCGAGGGGGGGAGACGGAGUGGUCAAAAAAGGGCGUGGGCGGGGAAUCUUGACUUGGGGACGGGCUGCUGCUGGCUGGCUGCUGCUGCUGGGCUAG